AGAGAUUACCUUUGACCCGCCCCGGCCCAUGACCCCGCCUGUCAGGACAAGCAUCCCCCCCCGCCCGGCAACAAGCCCAGGCCAGACCUGCAGAUCCCGCUGGCUCCUUCUUCCUCCUGCCCUGCCCUGGCCUGCGUCGUUAUCAUAAAAGCCCCGCCCGUCCUCUUUCCCUCCUCAUAUCUCACCUCGUAACCACAACCAUCACAACCACCGCAACCACCGCUGCCGCCGCAACCAUGUCCCGCACGCUCGCCCUCUGCCUCGAUCGGCUACGACUGCCCGUCGUCCAGACUUCUCUCGUCUGUCGCCAUGCCUCGACGCUGUCGCUGGCCUUCCCGUGGAGCCUCCAGCAUCCGCUCUCUGGCGCCGAGUCCGAAUCGCCAUCGCUCUUUGCACCCGAGCCCUUUGCCCGCCCCCGCUCACCGCAGCCUCGGUCAAGACCCUCGCUGGCUCCUGCUCCUGUCGCUCCUCUGGCUCGCCCUCCCGUCCAACCGGCCGGCUCGCUGUCAGAAUCCUCCACUGCCCAGUCGUCGGCCGUCGACUCGGAGCUGACCGCGGCCCUGCUCGAGCUCCCGGCCUCGUUCAUGCCUGCCGUCCAAGCGCUGACCAACUCCACGCUGCAAGAUCUCACCCAGCUCGAGCCCAAGACCUGCCGCGAGCUCCUCAACGGCAAGUGGUACAUGUCGCCUCUUCCUUCCUCCACAAAGGUCGAUUAUGGCUCCGUCAUGGUCAACGUCGUGAUGGACCGCCAGAACCUCGGCUGGACACGCCUCAAGGUCGACGAAGAGCUGCUCCUCAAGGUCUGCGAGAGGCAGCAGUCGGACCUGGACCACGUCUGGAAAUCCUUGCUCAGCGAACCCUCCUCCGAAUCUUCCUCCGAAUCCGCCGAUCGACCGUCAUCCUCCUCCCACUGCGAUGUCGGCGUGAUGCGCUGGACCGGCGGUGUCCAGGGCGGCCUUGUUGUGCAGAUUGUCUUUAUCUACGACCGACGAACCAUGAGGAGUUCUGAUUCUGGCCUCUAGAUCUCCUGCCGCCCGGCCUGUGACUCUCCGGUGAUCCAAGCAAUCCCGGCGACCACACCAGGCCGCUCUGUGGAUUCAUGCUCCUCCCUCGUUCUCAUCUUGUUCUCCACGAUGACACCCAUGCAAUGCGUCGCGCUGAUCCCCCUCCCCCUUCUCUAUUUUUCUAUCUUCUGCUUUGACCUUCUUCUGGAGGAGACUGUCCGGGUCUGGCUCCAUUUCGACUCGUGUUCGCUUCGUCCCUGCCGCCUCGGCCGGGUGUGCUUUGGCACCUUUCCCUCGUGUGGCCAAGGAUAACUUUAUUGCCCUCUCCCUCUCCCUUUUUGGAUACCGAACGAGAGGCUUCUCUCUUGGGUCAUCAGAGACCCCUCAUAAGUCAUAAUCUCACUUGGAAUAGAGCCUUCCUUCCUGUGGCUGCUCCCGA